GCUAAUGGGCCUUAUGAAAAGGCGGGUCUUUUCUCCGGACCGGUCCCGUUUGCCAUCAUGAGUAGCGAGUUUCUGGCAGAGUUGCAGUGGGAGGAUGGGUUCGCCAUCCCUGUGGCGAACCAGGAGAACAAGAUACUGGAGGAUCAGUUGUCAAAGCUGCGGGAUGAAAAGUCAAGCUUGCAAGAUCAGCUACAUGACUUUGAAGAUCGAAUUAAUGCUUUAACUUCUCACUUCAAAAAUGUUAAACAAGAGUUCUCAUUUACACAGUCUCUUUUCAAAGCCAGGGAGCAUGAGAUUGAAAGUGAAGAACAUUUUAGGAUCAUUGCUGAAAGAGAACUGUGUCGAGUGCAGAAGGAAAUCAAACGACUGGAAGAUGAGAUGGCUUCAAUACGGGAAAAGAAAAGUGAUAAGGAAAAUAACAUAUUUAAAUUUACUCAAAAAUUGGAUGGUUUGAAAAGUCAGAUGAACUGGGACCAGCAAGCACUGGAGGCCUGGUUAGAAGAAUCAGCUCACAAAGACAGUGACGCGCUCACUCUUCAGAAGUAUGCACAACAAGAUGACAAUAAAAUUAGGGCACUGACCCUGCAAUUAGAAAGACUGACUUUGGAAGGUAAUCAGAGAAGAAAGAUACUUGACAAUGAACUUACAGAGACUCUAAGUGCACAGUUAGAAUUGGAUAAAGCAGCACAAGAUUUUCGUAAGAUUCAUAAUGAAAGACAAGAACUCAUUAAACAGUGGGAAAGCACAAUAGAACAAAUGCAGAAAAGAGAUCAAGACAUUGAUAACUGUGCCUUGGUAUUAGCAAAGCUAAAGCAGGAAACAAGAGAAAAAGAAAGUUUGGUUAAGGAAAAGAUCAAGUUUUUGGAAAGUGAGAUUGGAAAUAACAUUGAGUACGAGAAAAAAAUUUCUGUUGCUGAUCGUAAAGUUGUAAAAUGUAGAAUGGAAUAUCAGCGCCAUGAAGCUAAUAGAAAUCAGCUGAAGGAUGAGCUGGAUUCUUUAAAAACCACUGUGAAUAGAAGUUCCAGUGAUUUAGAAGCGCUGAGGAAAAAUAUUUCCAAAAUAAGGAAGGAUAUUCAUGAAGAAACAAAAAGGUUACACAAAAUAAAAAAUUCUAAUGAGAUUGCAAAAGACAAAUUAAAGCAGAUAACUGAGAAAACUAUGACAGCAGAAGAGAAAGCUACCAAUUUGGAAGAUAUGCUAAAGGAGGAAGACAAAAGUGUAAAGGAGGUGGAAGUUCAAUUGAACAUAUUGAAAGGUGUGCUGUUUAAGAAAGUUCAUGAGUUACAGACUGAGACAAUGAGAGAAAAAGCUGUUGUGUCAGAAAUCGAAGGGACCCGUUCUUCUCUAAAGCACCUCAACCAACAGUUACAUAAGCUGGAUUUCGAAACCUUGAAGCAGCAAGAAAUUAUGUACAGUCAGGAUUUUCACAUACAACAAAUGGAACGCCGAAUGUCACGGUUGAAGGGAGAAAUUGAUUCAGAAGAAAAACAAGCUCUUGAAGCAAAAAUUGUUGAACUUAAAGGGACAUUGGAAGAGAGAAAAUCUACAUUUGGCCUUUUGGAAACACAGAUCAAGAAGCUUCAUAAUGAUCUAUACUUUAUCAAGAAGUCAAACAGUAAAAAUCAUGAUGAAAAACAGUCCCUCAUGACCAAAAUAAGUGAACUAAACUUUUUCAAUGACAGAUCAGAGAAGGAACUUAAUAAGGCUCAAGCUUUUAAACAGGAUUUGAUGAUAGAAGACAAUCUUUUAAAACUUGAAGUUAAACGUACUCGUGAAAUGCUUCACAGCAAAGCAGAAGAAGUUCUUUCUCUGGAAAAAAGGAAACAGCAAUUACACACAGCUAUGGAAGAACGAACUGAAGAAAUUAAGAUUCACAAAACAGUGCUUGCAUCACAAAUAAGAUAUGUUGAUCAACAACGGCAAAUUGUAAGUGCCGAAUUUCAUGACCGGCUAAAUAAAAUCGAUAAGCUGAAGAACAGAUAUGAAAUUCUUACUGUUGUUAUGCUGCCUCCUGAAGGGGAAGAGGAGAAAACACAGGCCUAUUAUGUAAUAAAGGCUGCUCAAGAGAAAGAAGAACUUCAACGGGAAGGUGACAGUUUGGAUGCUAAGAUCAACAAAGCUGAAAAAGAAAUCUAUGCUCUAGAAAACACCUUGCUAGUGCUGAACAGUUGCAACAACAAUUACAAACAAUCUUUUCAAAAAGUGACUCCAGCUAGUGAUGAGUAUGAACUAAAAAUCCAACUAGAAGAACAGAAAAGAGUUGCUGAUGAAAAAUACAGAUUCAAACAAAGACAAAUCAGAGAGCUACAGGAAGACAUCCAGAGCAUGGAAAAUACGUUAGAAGUUAUAGAACAUUUAACAAACAACACCAAAGAAAAACUAUUAGAGAAGCAAGCUUAUUCACUUCAACUAAGUAGAGAAAUUGAGGAGCAGAAGCCAAAAUUCGAGAGAGUAACUAAACAGUGUGCAAAACUCACCAAGGAAAUCCGUCUUUUGAAAGAUACAAAAGAUGAAACACUGGAAGAAGAAGACAUCAAACUUCGUGAAUUGAAACAGUUUCACAAGGUCAUUGAUGGAAUGUUAGUUCAUGUCACAGAAAAUGUUGAGAUCCAUACUAUCCUUCAAAUGUACUUUCAACAGAAAGGUUUAGAACUACCUACAGUCAGUACUAAAGGCAGUCGUCAGAGUCCUAGACGUUCUUCACAGACUUCAUCAUCAGUAAGGUCAUCUGGGAGUACAAGUACUUCUACUUCUCAGACUUCGAUCAAAGUACUAGAGCUAACCUUCCCGCCCUCCUCUUCACCUGGCAGCACUUUUAGGCCAACUAGUACUAGCAGUAGCUCCAGUAAUAGUAAAAGCAAAAGGAGCAGCAAGUAAACAUUUUAAUCUCUCUUUUGAACAAAUUAUAAACACAAAUAACAAAAAUUUCACUUUUAAAAUA